GCCGUGAGCGCGCCCUCGCUUGCUGGUGCCGCGACGUGUGCCGAUCGUAUGCUGCUGCUCGGCGGCGUGCUGGAGCUCCUCUGCGGGCCCGCGGAGGCCAACCAGCUGGACCCAGUGCACAAGGUGCCAGUGUUCACGGAGACGGUCACCGUAAUCGGUCAGACGGUGGAGGAGGAGGCCGCGCCGGAGGCAAACGCGGUCGAACCGCUCACUGCCAGCAUGCUGCGGGAAGACAUGGACGCGUCAGCUGCGGACAUCCUGCCUUGGGACGGCCGUCGGUUUAGAAGAGUGAAGCAGCUGCAGGAGGCCAAGCGAAACCACGGCUGUGUGGAGCUCAUGCGCGAGAGUGGGACCUUCGUGGCCGUCAAGAAGAUGCCGACGAGGUGGAUCCGCGGCUCGCCAGACGAGUUCGACUCGCGGCACCCGGAUUCCGUGGAGAGACCGUGGAUGGACGUGGGCCUCGUCAGGCGCCUCAACGAGAUCAGCUACCCGUACUCUGUCAAGUUGCUGGGCGUGUUCGCGGACGAGAAGAGCACCUACGUGGUCAGCUCGCUGGCGUCCGAGGGCGACCUCUUCGCUUGGUGCGACCGCGAGCCGAAGCCUGGCCCACGGCGGGAGGCAGCGAUGCACCCUCUCGCGAGCCAGAUCUUCAAGGGGGUGAGAUGGCUGCAUGACCUCGGCAUCGCUCACCGGGAUCUGUCUCUGGAGAACAUAUUGCUCCACAGUGAGAACGGUGACUUGAGGAUCAAGAUCAUCGACUUCGGUAUGGCCACGCUGGAUCGGUUGGCGUCGGCGUCGGCCGAAGUGGGGAAGCAGUCAUACCAGGCCCCAGAGGUCCAUUUGUCGCAGCCCUGCGACACCAUCAUGACAGACCCAUUCUCGCUUGGCGUGGUGCUGUUUGCCAUGGCUGCGCAGGACUACCCGUGGAAAUCUACCGCGCGGAAUACCUGCGAGCUCUUCGAGUACGCCUGCAUGUUCGGUUUUACGAAGUUUCUCGGCAAGCGUCGGCUGCGCAAGGGCGCUGGCGAGAGUUUGGCCGAGGUCUUCUCCCCGAAUUUCACGGCAUUGCUGGCGAGCCUGCUUGCCACAGACGUAGAGAAGCGGCUCACUCUCGGAGAGAAGUGCUUUGAUACGCCUGAGAACGGCAGUGAUCGGAAGAACAGCGUAUGGGAUUGCAAGUGGAUGCAGCAGCCUCUGGUCACAACAACAGAGGUAGACAGGGACACGGAUCUGCACGUAAGGAACAGGCUCGGGCCGCCCGCGGGGCCGCCGCUGAGCGAGCGGGCGCCGGAGGCGCCAAGCCAGGCGCCGGAGGCUGCCUGCUCCGAGCAGGCGCUCGAGUUGGAGCAGGUGAAGGCCCAGUACGCGGCGGCCGUCGAGGAGGCCCUGCUGCGGGAGGGCGCGGAGCUCGAGAGGGCCGCCGCCGCGGAGCGGGAGCGGGACGAGGCGGUGUCGCGCCUCCGCGCGCGGGAGCAGCAGCUGACCGAGGUGCUGUGCGCGCGGGAGCAGCAGCUGGCCCAGAUCGCCGCGGCCCUGGGCCCGGUCGCGGGGCCCGCCGACCGCGGCGACGGCGGCGACGCCCUCGUGGAGCAGGUGCAGGCUGCAGUCGGCGAGCACCUCCAGAGAGGCCGCGAGCUGGAGCGCCUGCGGCUCGAGCACGCCGAGCGCGUGGCGGCCGCGGAGGAGCGCGCGGUGAGGCUGAACGAGGCCCUGCAGGACACCGAGCGCACCCGGCGCGCGGAGGCGGCGGAGCAGAGGGCCGCCGCGCUGGAGCGGGAGCUGGCGGCGGCGCGGCGACGAGGCCCCGACGCCGAGGCCGACGACGGCUGGUGCCACGUGCAGGACGACCCCUGGACCAUCAGCUCGCCCAGCACCACCUCCGAGUGAGGGCUGCGGCGCGGCCCCCGCCGUUUGGGGGCUGGAGGAGGGAGACGAUCGGCUGCUUGUGCUCGAGCGCCUGCGGCCCCUCUCCCUCUGCGGGGCGGUGCCGCCGGCCCGCUGCAGCAGGGCACGCCAGCAUU